AUGGGUUCUUUGGUACAUUCGGCCACUCAGUCGAUGAAGCACACGAUCAAGGAUAUCAAAAUAGAAACGGACUCGGAAGCUCACCAGAUCUUACGAGAAUACGUAGGAAAUCAGUCUACUUUGACGGGAUCGGAUGCAGAACCUAUCCCAGGGAUUCGACACCCAGGAGCGACAGGCGUCAUAUACUGCACUGACCGAGCGCAAGCAAAUGGGUUCUCGCCCGAAAAUGAAGAAUGGGCAAACUUGGGACAAGGUGCUCCUCAAGUCGACGAUUUGCCGGGUGCGCCACCACGAAUCAAGUACAUCGAUCUGGCGGAGUACGGGGAUUUGGUGAACGAGUACGCUCCUACCGUGGGGGUCAAAGAACUUCGCGAGGCCGUUGCGAAAUUGUACAAUGAGGAGUAUCGCAAAGACAAGCCGAGUCAGUAUACCUACGAAAAUGUCUGUAUAGUCCCUGGCGGAAGAGCAGGUAUGGCCAGGGUGGCAGCUGUGAUCGGUGAUGUCUACUGCGGCUAUCAGAUCCCAGAAUACACAACUUAUUCCGAAGUCUUGAGUGUCUUCAAAAGACUUGUACCUGUCCCAACUGCUCUGAGUGCCGAAGAUAAAUAUCGUCUCAACAUCGAUCAGCUAAAGAGGGAAGUGAACAACCUUAGCUUGAACGUUGUGGUGGCUUCCAAUCCUCGUAAUCCCACCGGCCAGUUUAUCGGUGGUAAAGACCUCGAAGAUCUGGUCAGGCUCAGUAGAGACAAGACCACCAUCAUUCUGGACGAGUUUUACAGUUGGUAUCUAUACCCCGACUCCCCAGCCGAUCUGGGCAAAAGUCUCAGCGGGGCGCAGUACGUUGAGGAUGUUGAUGAAGACCCAGUGGUCAUUAUUGAUGGUCUCACCAAAGGUUUCCGUCUACCCGGUUGGCGUGUGUGUUGGGUGGUGGCGCCAAAGAGCGUCAUUAGUGCUAUCUCUCAAUCUGGGUCUUUCCUGGACGGAGGAGCUUCACACCCGUUGCAGAUGGCUGCGAUUCCUCUGCUGGAGCCUGCCCGUGUGCAGCAGGACAAGAUCGCUCUUCAGAAAGCUUUCCGGAUCAAGAGAGACUUUGUCCUAGCUCGAUUGGAGAAGAUGGGUCUGAAAGUCCCUGUCCCACCACAAGCUACAUUCUACAUCUGGCUCGAUGUCUCUGGUCUACCUGCGCCACUGGACAAUGGCCUUGUUUUCUUUGAGGAGCUGCUCAAGGAGAAGACCAUCUGUGUCCCUGGUUUGUUCUUCGACAUCAAUCCUUCUCAACGUCGCAACCUGCUCAAAUCGCCGUGUCACCAUUUCGUCCGCUUGAGCUUCGGACCCGACAUGAAGACGCUUGACAGAGGAAUGAACGCCAUUGAACGUGUGUUGGAGAAACACAAGAGCCACGGACAUCUCAUGAACAAGGAUCUCAUUAGAUCUCCCACUAUGAAAACCCCCGGUACCGACCACUAACACCGGUAAUGACGGCACUUGCAUCUUCAUGACAAAACAUGAUAUGACCCCUUGUAUAUAAUGUCAGACAAAUCAUCAACGUUAGCCUCACUACAGUACAGAUACACAUGCACCAUGCUAUGACUUGACA